AGGUUUGAGUGCAUGAAGUGGCCGAAUGUGCCGAGUUGCUGUCCUUGCAACCUCGUUGUUGUAGGAAAAAGGGGGAGAAAAAACUUCCCGUGCUUUCUUGGCAAAUCAGGAGGCUUUGUUGGUGGCGUCGGGGUGGUUUUAAUGCAUUUUUGUGAGUGAGGUUAUUACAUAAGGUUGAUAAUUUCUGUUGCUGCUGGAUUUCCCCUUCUCCCCCUCCCCCCUUGUUUUGUGUGCGGAUUGCGCUGGCUCGCUUUGAGUGAAUGAACUGGCGAUUUGCGAAGUUGCAAAGAGCCCCUCCGCCCCCUUUUUUUUUUUUUUUUUUGCAUCCUUCUCCUCUCCCCUUUGCACUGCUCCGCAGUGACAAAAGGAGUAAACUUCCUCUACUUUUGCUGGCAUAUUAAGAAGCCUUUCUGGAGAGAUUACGGUAUCAAAGCCACGCAUCUGUGUGCAGUUACUGUGCUGUUUUGAGCGUUUGAAGCGGUUUGCGGAGAGCAGGCGAGGGCUAUGUACACAGGCUGUGCAUCCCCGCUGGACUCUGCAGCCUGGGUCUGUGUCCCCACGGAGCGGGGCAGGCUCUGCACGGGGGAGCGCUACCUGAGCGCUUUGAUUUCAGUAGCUUGAGUCGGGACGAGAAAGGUCGUGGGAGAACCUCUCUUCUUCCCCUUGGUGGAAAUACCGAUAAAACCUGUGUUUGAAACUAUUGCUUGACACAGAGAUCAGCAAAAAGAGACCCGUAAUGCCAGGAAUGGUCAGUAAAAACCCAGACCUCGAGUUUGACUCUUUGCAGCCUUGUUUCUACCCGGACGAAGAUGACUUUUAUUUGUGCGGGCCGGACUCCGCUCCCCCGGGCGAGGACAUCUGGAAAAAGUUUGAGCUGCUGCCCACCCCUCCUCUGUCUCCCAGCCGGGCCGGGCUCCAGGAGCACCCUCCGGGAGGGGGCCCGGUGCCGUGGGGAGGAGCGGCUCUGUGGGGCUGCCGCCCCACCGACCCCGUGGACUGGGCAUCGGAGCUGCUCCUGCUGCCGCCCGAGGCCGACCUGUGGGGCGGCGUGGACGGAGGGGACUUCUUCGAGACGGGCCCCGGCGUGACGAACAAUCUCAACUCCAUCAUCAUCCAGGACUGCAUGUGGAGCGGCUUCUCCGCGCGCGAGAAGCUGGAGCGGGCGGUGAGCGAGAAGCUGCAGAGCAAGGCGCCCGCCGCGCCGCCGCCGCCGCCGGGGCCCGCGGGCAGCCCCACCAGCGCCCGCGCCGAGCUGGGCGGCGCCGUGCCCGAGUGCGUGGACCCGGCCGUGGUCUUCCCCUUCCCCGUCAACAAGCGGGAGGCGCCGGCGGCGGGCGGAGGGGCUGCGCGGGGCGGCCGCCCGCCGCGCCCCGCCGGGGACAGCCGGGCUAGCAGCAGCAGCAGCUCCUCCGGGGACGACAUGCUCAGCGACUCGGAAGAUGAUGAAGAUGAGGAGGAAGAGGAUGAGGAAGAAGAAAUAGAUGUUGUUACAGUGGAGAAAAGACGCUCCUCUACCAACAAGUCUGUUACCACCUUCACUAUUACAGUGCGUCCUAAAAAUACCACUUUUUCAUCAGUCAGGACACAGCAGAAUGGACUGAUAUUAAAGCGUUGUGCCCCAAUUCACCAGCAGCAUAAUUAUGCCGCUCCUUCUCCAUUCGUGGAGACUGAAGAGUCUCCACCACAGAAGAAGUUAAAAGUCGAGGUGCCCCGUCCAGUAAAACCCACGAUCCAACCAAAGCUUAAGAGUUCAAGUCCUCGAAACUCUGAUUCAGAGGACAGUGAACGUCGACGCAACCAUAAUAUCCUGGAGCGUCAGCGACGUAAUGAUCUACGGUCAAGUUUCCUCACAUUAAGGGACCAUGUUCCAGAGCUGGUUCAAAAUGAGAAAGCUGCAAAAGUUGUGAUCUUGAAAAAAGCCACUGAAUAUGUUCAUUCUCUUCAGGCAGAGGAGCAGAAGUUACUGCUAGAAAAGGAAAAAUUGCAAGCCAGACAAGAACAAUUACUAAAGAAAAUAGAUUACAAGCGGACUUGCUAAACUUUCUUUUGUUUUGGUGUUUUUUUCUGGCUGAUCAGGACAGUCAUUGCCACUUUGCACAUUUUUGAUUCUUUAUAAAAAAUUGUGUUUUUUGACGUUAAGAAUGUUGGUUUUAAUUUCAAUCCAGUCCCUGAAGUAAUCUACAGACUGUAUUAUCCGGGUACGGAGCAAAUGGAUUUUCUUGCAAGGAGUUUAUUGCAAGACUACCAAACAACAGUGGAUUUUCUUGCAAGGAGUUUAUUGCAAGACUACCAAACAACAGUGGAUUUUCUUGCAAGGAGUUUAUUGCAAGACUACCAAACAACAAUGGACUGCCUUUGUUUUUUCUUCUUAAGAACUGUAGAUGGUGGGGAUUUUUUUUUUUAAGUGUUGUGAGCAUUUGGAGCUGCUGAUGACAUCUAGUUGAGUUUUAAAAUGUUCAUUCCUAAGUUUUAUGGUGCUUAUGUUCUAACAGAUGUUAUUUUAGGGGUUGGCAUUUUGUACCCCUGUGGGAAUUUCUGUAAAUACCAUCUACACACUUGCCUUUUGUACAUGUCUUGGGUUAUGAGAGGUGGCUUUUGCUGCCAGUAUUAGACUGGAAGUUCAUACCUAAGUACUGUAAUACCUCAAUGUUUGAGGAGCAUGUUUUUGUAUACAAAUAUAUUGUUAAUCUCUGUUAUGUACUGUACUAAUUCUUACAUUGCCUGUAUACUUUAGUAUGAUGCUGAUACAUAACUAAAUUUGAUACUUAUAUUUUCGUAUGAAAAUGAGUUGUGAAAGUUUUGAGUAGAUAUUACUUUAUCACUUUUUUGAACUAAGAAACUUUUGUAAAGAAAUUUACUAUAUAUGCCUUUUCCUAGCCUGUUUCUUCCAGUUAAUGUAUUUGUUAAUGUUUGGUGCAUAGAACUGGGUAACUGCAAAGUUCUGUGUUUAAUUUCUUCCAAUGAUGUACAUUUAGUGCUGCGUCUUAUAGCACUUUGAAAUACCUCAUGUUUAUGAAAAUAAAUAGCAAUUACAUGA